AUGUCGGUGGUAAAACCGGCAUACCUCGGGGCAGGGGGUCUCGAGCUAUGGAUCUCAGAUCAAUGGGGAACAAGGGAUGAAGGAGACAACGUUUACCCAGGUUCUGGCCCUCUCGAAGAGGCAUGCUCUCAAGCUGGUGCAGCUGGGCCAGCUCCACUGUCGAAGACACUAUCAGACCUAAAGGAUUCCUGCUGGAGAUUUUUAAGGCCACACACAAUUCGUGGAACUGCUUUGGGAUCCACAGCCUUGGUUGCUAGAGCAUUAUUAGAGAAUCCCCAAUUGAUCGAUUGGCGCUUGGUAUUCAAAGCACUCUAUGGGCUUGUAGCUUUGAUCUGCGGCAACGGUUACAUUGUUGGGAUUAAUCAGAUCUAUGACAUUGGAAUUGACAAGUGCCGCUACAAAGUAUUACCAUUCAAAGUAACAUAUGAUGAAAGCCCAGCCAAUGUUUCUGCUAUACCUGUCAUUUCUAAGUUUAUGCCACUGAACAGGGUGAACAAACCAUAUUUACCUAUUGCUGCUGGUGAUCUCUCUGUUCAGUCAGCAUGGUUACUGGUCGUAGCAUUCGCAGUGGUGGGCUUCUCAAUUGUCGUUUCAAACUUUGGACCUUUCAUCACCUCUCUUUACUGCCUUGGUCUAUUUCUUGGCACUAUAUAUUCUGUUCCUCCAUUCAGACUGAAGAGAUAUCCAGUUGCUGCUUUUCUUAUCAUUGCAACGGUUCGCGGAUUCCUUCUCAACUUUGGCGUGUACUAUGCUACUAGAGCUGCAUUAGGUCUUGCAUUCCAGUGGAGCUCGCCUGUUGCUUUUAUUACAUGCUUUGUGACAGUAUUUGCUCUGGUCAUUGCUAUAACCAAAGAUCUUCCGGAUGUUGAAGGAGACCGCAAAUUCCAAAUAUCAACUUUGGCGACAAAGCUUGGUGUCAGAAAUAUUGCCUUCCUUGGCUCUGGUUUAUUGUUGGCAAAUUAUGUUGCUGCUAUUGUAGUACCUUUUCUUAUUCCUCAGGCUUUCAGGAGCUUUGUAAUGGUGCCUUUUCAUGCUGCUCUUGCGGUUGCUUUAAUUUUUCAGACAUGGGUUCUGGAGCAAGCAAAGUAUAGUAAGGAUGCUAUUUCACAGUACUACCGGUUCAUCUGGAACCUCUUCUACGCCGAAUACAUCUUCUUCCCGUUGUUAUAG